AUGGUGUACCUAUUCCACACAGUGGCCCUGAGAGACAUGUCGGGGCUGUCAGACAUUAGAGCUUCGGCAGGGCACCUCACACAGGUUCUCAAAGGUGAGCAAACUGAGGCCCAGUGGCUCAGUGGUCUACUCAGGUUCACAGCACUGGUACGGUUCCUGGAGCAGCAGAACCAGGUGCUGGAGACCAAGUGGGAGCUGCUGCAGGAGCUGGACCUGAACAACUGCAAGAAGAACCUGGAGCCCAUCUUUGAGGGCUAUACCAGCAACCUGCGGAAGCAGCUGGAGACGCUGUCUGGGGACAGGGUGAGGCUGGACUCAGAGUUGAGGAGCAUGCGGGACCUGGUGGAGGACUACAAGAAGAGAUAUGAGGUAGAGAUUAACCAGCGCACAGCCGCCGAGAAUGAGUUUGUGGUGCUCAAGAAGGAUACAGAUGUAGCCUACACAGUCAAGGUGGAGCUUCAGGCCAAAGUGGACUCUCUGGACAAAGACAUCAAGUUCCUCAAGUGUCUGUACGAUGCGGAGAUUGCCCAGAUCCAGACUCACGCCAGUGAGACUUCUGUCAUCCUGUCCAUGGACAACAACCGGGACCUGGACCUUGACAGCAUCAUUGCUGAGGUCCGUGCCCAUUAUGAGGAAGUCACCCUGAAAAGCAAGGCUGAGGCCGAGGCCCUGUACCAGAGCAAGAUCCAGGAGCUGCAGCUGGCAGCCGGCCAGCACGGUGAUGACCUCAAACACACCAAAAACGAGAUUUCAGAGCUGAACCGGCUCAUCCAGAGGAUCCGGUGUGAGGUUGCCAACGUGAGGAAGCAGACUUUUUCUAUGUCCAACAAAACUGCCCCAUUUCCCCUUCAGUGUGCCAACCUGGAGACGGCCAUCGCUGACGCCGAGCAGCGGGGGGACAAUGCCCUGAAGGACGCCCGGGCCAAACUGGACGAGCUGGAGGGCGCCCUGCACCAGGCCAAGGAGGAGCUGGCCCGGAUGCUGCGCGACUACCAGGAGCUCCUGAGCCUGAAGCUGGCCCUGGACAUGGAGAUCGCCACCUACCGCAAGCUGCUGGAGGGAGAGGAGUGCAGGAUGUCUGGUGAGAACCCCUCCUCUGUGAGCAUAUCCGUCAUCAGCAGCAGCAGCAGCUACGGCUACCACCCCAGCUCUGUGAGUGCUGACCUCGGGGCUGGCGGUGUGGCAGGCAGCUCUGGCAGCUCCCGAAGUGGGCAGACCAGGACCAAAGGGGCACGCGUGGGAGACCUCAAGGACUCCCAGGGCAAGGGUGCCCCAGUCAGCACCUCAGCCAGGAAAGCCACACGAUAA